CUCACGGAACGCAUUCAACCCAUCCGGGUGGGUUACAACAGGGGCCCAAUGAUUGCCUCCGACUUUUCUCUGCAACCCGUCACUCUCUAUGGAUGGAGCGCAGAAUCAUAACGGAGGGAAAAUCCGACUCGGGUUGCAGACAACAUUGGGCCCUGCUGCCCAAUUCAACGACGGUUUCUGCAUCAGCAAUUUUGCGGCUUUGUCAAAAUUCACUCGAUCGCAAAACGCGCAGAUGGCGAUGCGGUUGAUCGGAGCUGCAGUAACAACCAAAUCGUCGGACAACACUGUUUACUUGGUUGGAACCGUGGCCGACUCCCUGUCGAUCGUCAGUGACACCGACACGAGGAACAUUCCGUCGACGGCCGAAGCCCCAGAAUGGCUGCAGGUUCUCAGGUGGGAAAAUUACCAAUCUGUUCUCACCAGAUCUGGAAAUUGCGAAGACAGCAGUGGGGGUGGAGCAACAACUGACUCAACUACUUCAACAACUAAGUCAAGUGCUGCAACAACUGGCUCAACUGCUUCAAUAACUAAGUCAAGUGAUGCAAGAACUAGCUCAACUGCUGCAUUAACAACCAGUUCGGUGAGAUCAACGCAAAAGACGCAAGUGCUUUCCACCACCAGAAGUUCAGGAAAUUCUCAAUCAACAACCCGGACUACUCCUGUUACAACCCAGGAAGAUGAUGGCGGUAUUAAUGUUGUAAUCAACAAAUUGGCCGCAAUUCGGCGCAUUUGGUCAAUCUUGAGAAACGUGUUCGGAGUUGCAUCCAAUGCUUGAUUUGAGAUUUCUCGACAACCGUGCGGCGUGAUAUGUGACGCACUGUGUUUUGGGCGUAAAAGUAAAUAAAAAAGGUUGUGUCUCGAA